AUGCGGGCAUCAUCGGUGGUGCGGCUCAUGCUGGUGCUGCUGGUGCUGCUGGGCGGAGCUUUGUGGCUUCACCAGCAAGCUUUGCCAGCAUUGGUCGAAAACCCACCCGUCCUUGCGCUCAGCUCGCUCGAAACAGCCCUGGCCACGUUCUGUGGUGCGAAUCCGCGUUGCUCAGCCGAUCUGGCCCAGCACGUUGCACAUCUGCCCGACUUUGCUGCUGAACAAGACGAUGACGAUUACCUUUCUCUUCGCUGGGCCACGCCCACAGCUGUCAGCACUGGCCAGCUGACUCUAUGCACACAAUCGUCUUUGGACCAAGUCCCCCACCUUCUGGAUACACUGUCAGCCUUUGACGGUCCAGUGACCAUCGCCAUCUUUUCAGCCGCCCCCGUGGCCAAAGAGGCUCUAGCCGUGGUGUGGGCCAAGCUUGCCUCUUGUCAUCCCGACAUUGGUACACGCGUGGCUGCCCGCUACACCAUGCAUCGUGAUACCCAUCAGCAGCUCCUAGACUUGAGCCCAGAUCAGGCGGAAGUCAGUGCCAUGGACUUGGCACGCCAAUUAGCUUUGCUGCCAUGCACCGUCGACUCCCUCGUAUCCAGCUUGCGCAUGUGGACCCAGGCUGGUGCCAACUACGAGCUCACGCUGCAGACGACUCAGGUUCCCUACCCGAACAAUCUGCUGCGCAACCUAGCCCGCGACCAAGCAACAACGCUUUUCACAAUGGUUUUGGACGUGGACAUUGUACCCAGCCACAACAUCGCUAAGGCCGUGGAGCAAGCCGUAGCAGCGCACCAUGGAAGCUACACCCGCCUCGCCUUUGUGGUACCCGCCUUUGAAUUGGAUACGAGCACAGCCACGACCAUGCCAGCCCACCGCGACGAACUAUUGCAGAUGCUGGAGGCCGGGACGGCUCGGCCUUUUUAUCAAGAGGUCUGCUGGAAGUGUCAGCGUCACACAAACUACGAAAAGUGGCAGCAAGGGCCAAUGCAAAUCACGGAGCUAGAAUAUGAAGUGUCAUGGCAUGAUCCCUGGGAGCCCUUCUAUAUUGCCCGAGAGCGUUCAUGUCCGCGCUACGACGUGCGCUUUCGUCAAUAUGGGUUCAAUCGUAUUUCACAGGUGUGCCAUAUGCACAUGUUAAACUACCGCUUCGUCGUCUUGUACCAGGCGUUUGUGGUGCAUGCAGGCUGGAAGCGUCCAGGUGCCUUCCAUGCCAGCAAACAGGCCGACCUGGAUCGCAACCGUGAUCUCUUCCGUCAAAUGAAGCGGGAGCUGCGCGCUCACAUUCCACAGGGCCCCUCCUGUUAG